UAAUCACUUCAAGGAUGGAGCAGUUAAGCACAGACAAAGUUAGUAGCCAAAUUUUCCAACCCACUGCAGUUUCCCUCGUUAUAAAGGAACGUUGCAGUAAACAGAAAUAGCAUCAGUUCCAAAAUGGCAGAAAUAGAAUUGAUUCAAACUUCCACUACCAGCAAGAAGCACGUCAGGCAACCACCUUCAGUUCCAUUCCUCUGGGAAGUAAAGCCAGGAAUAGCUAAAAAGGAUUGGAAACCAGAGUUUCCUUCAGUUAGCUCAGUUCCAAUAGUCCCACUCCCUCCAGUUAAGCUGAUUGCCUCAGUUCCAUUCAAAUGGGAAGAAAAGCCUGGGACACCGUUACCAUCUUUUUCACAGCCAUCACAAGAGUCGGCAUCUCCACUUUUGCCCUUACCCCCGAUUGACAAUUACCCGUAUGAGGGUGUCAAUGUUUAUCAAGAUAGCAGCGAAGAUAGCAGCAGCAAUGAGGGUGAUGGACAAGAUGAAGAACAAAGAGGGUUUAAAUUGGAUCUUGGAACAUUUGGUUCCGAAGCAGAUGAUUCAUUUUGUUCGGCUCCCUCUCUCCUAGCAAACUGCCUAGUUUCAUCGGUGGCGAUUUCUACUGCUGUUCCAGCACAGAACGUGUCAUUGCCUGAAGACAAGAGUGGUCCGCUAGAAUCCCCUUCUUCACCAGCAUCAGAAACAGAGAUCAGCACAAGCAGCUAUGAAACUGGAACUUCAAGCCUAGUGGGGUCUUCUUUGUUGGAAUGCCUCUUCCCACUUUUUCCACCAAAAUCAGGAUUUCUUGAAAAGGUUGGGAACUUAGAUGAACCCCUUAAACCACCACCACAACAGUGGAAUCAAAACUUUAAUUAUGAAAGUACCGGUAACAUCACAGUAAGGAGGCCGCCAACACUAGGAGAGCUAAUAAUGAUGAGCCGUAGGAGGAGUUACCGACGAAAUGCUACUCAAAUGAGAAAACAGAAUCUAUCGAUGGUAAACCUCCAAGCUCUUGCUUCUACUUGCAUUUCCAUUAUUACAAAUUAUGGGAAACUAUAUUUGGUUUUAAUGCUACUGUACAAAGAAUAA